AUGCGCGUGUUUCUCUUACUGUUAGUGACCUGUUUAGUUCUGUUAGUUCUUGUCGAAGGAAAGUCAUCGAAAGACUCGAAAUCGAAGGAUCACAGUUCCAAACAUUUAAGCCACGGGAAAGUGGCCAAAGUAAAAGCGAAACACUCACGGCACAGUUCUAGCGACUCUUCAGAAUCCUCCGAGCAUAGGCACAACAAAAAGCACAAACACCACGAAGAGCAUAGGCGCCAUGAAGAGCAUAAGCACCACGAAGAGCACAGACACAAACACAAGAAAAAGAAUAUGGAAAAGUUCAAGAGCGAAGAAAGUUUCGAUUCGCGGAAAGCCAAUGCGACAAAAAAUCAUAAGAUAAGUUUAAACCACAACUCGACCAGAAUAAUCGGUGAUGGCUUCAACAAUAACACGGGUAAGCUUUUCCCAUUAACAAAGAAUGUUACUACGCAUGAAUCAUUAAAAUUUAAUAACAUGCAAUCGUCAGGACACAAGGAAAACAAAACUUUGCACGGUUUGAUCUUCGUUAAACCAAAUAUUAGCAGAACGAACAGUGCUAAUCAAACUAACAAUAAUGUUUUGAAUAAUUUCCUUCAAAGCGAGAAAGGUGUGAAGGUUAUCAACGGUUCGCAAUUGCAUUCAAAUAACAAUAAAUGGAACAAUAGUGGCAUUCCGCCUCCCAUUGGUUUAAUGAACUUCAAUGCAACAGGUCUUGAACAAGGCUUGAAGAAUUUCAAUGCAAAUGCUCCUGCAGAAGGCUGGAAGAAUUUCAAUGCAACAGGUCUUUCACAAGGCUGGAAGAAUUUCAAUGCAACAGGUCCUUCACAAGGCUGGAAGAAUUUCAAUGCAAAUGCUCCUGCAGAAGGCUGGAAGAAUUUGAAUGCAACAAGUCCUGGAAUAGGCUGGAAGAAUUUCAAUGCAACAGGUUCAGAAGUUGGCUGGAAGAAUUUCAAUGCUCCUACACAAGGCUGGAAGACCAAUCCGAAUCCAGUACAGGGCUGGAAUAUCGAACCUUCAGCCCCAGACUACAGGAAGGAGUUCAGUGUUCCCGAUCACACAAAGGACCAAAGAUAUUAUUUCGAUUCUCCUGGAAUGGGUGGAUAUCUUCAGAGGAAUCCAAAUUUUAUCAACAAUGAUAACCGACCUAUCGCUUACCCGUUAGAUUCUGACUACAAUAAAAAAUCUAUCAGCAAUAUAGCACCUGAAUACAGUUGGGGACCUCAGCCUUCUUAUAAUUAUAAUGAUCAAUACAAUGCUGAUGGAAAAAUAUUCAAUAAUUAUCCAAAGCAUAAAAGUUACGAUAGUUCUGAAGAGAACUCUUCCGAGAUUGCUAAAGGAGUUAAAAAAAUGUUUAAAAAAAUUGGAAAAGGAGCCGGAAAAGUGUUGUCCAGUGAUCCAGUCAAAGAUGCAAUGAAACAAACAGCUAGUUCAUAUUUCGCAAAUCCUCCACCGAAUGGAUUCAUCUAUAAUCCACCUUACAGCAACAAGAGGCAAACAUUCUAUAGCGGCUUACCGAAACCUGUUGGAAAGGAAUCUAUGAGUACUGACGAUUGGAGGAGUAUAAUAUUCGGCAACGUACCGAGGAAAGUCGAAACCAGAAAUCUAUAUUCAGCUGCUUUUCCAGAAACUUAUCAGAACUUGGAUUUACAUGCUCUCUCAGAAAAAGGACGGUUACCUGAUUUCAACCGAACUCAGUACAAAUUAUUUUUUCCUAAUCCUCACUACCAAAAAUUGUUCGCAGGAUUACAAAACGAAGAUAUUAACGAACGCUUCCGAACUAAGAGAGAAUUGUCAGAGGAGGGCAAAGCUAUGGCAAAAGUUAUCAACAAGUUCUUUCUGCACGAGAGAGACUGUAAUGAUACUGAGUUGGAUGCGAGGAAGAAGCGAGACCUCGUGAUCAGGCCGCUGAAGACAAAUGCUGGAGCUGGAGGGUUCCAAGAAGAAAAUAGAAUUACUAAUUUUCCUUUUUCAGGUGUAGAAGCUAUAGUUCAGAGUGACUUCGGUAUAUCAGUUUAUGAAGAAGUACCCAAACAACUUCAACUAGACAAUAAUGCCACAGAAAAGACUGUUAUUGACAAAGUAACUGAAGAGAACAUUUCCACAACAGAACCGCCAUCAUCCAUCUCUCGAAACAGAACUAAACUAUAUCCUGUUUCUGAAACUAUCGAACAGUUUUUGAACAAGAAACCAGCAACGCGUCUGAGAGUAAUUGAUGAGUCUUUGGAAAAAUGGAAAUCGAAAGCAAGAACCGAAAAUAAUACUUAUAUUACCCCAAGUUCAGAAUCGUAUAAUCAAGAAGUAAAUUCGACCAAUUUCAAAAGGAUUGUUCGUAGUCGUGAUACGUCUAGCGAACGUAACUUUACCCCUUUCUACCGCUUGUUUACCGACCGAUAUUCUGACAGUGAAAUAAAUACAUUAUACAUUACUCCACAUUAUAAGGAUAAUAUGGAAGGAAGUGAGUCCAAAAUAGAACCGUUACAUAAGGAAAUGAAAAGUAACACUCCAAGUAUGUUUUUACAAGAUAGUAAUGAACACUUUUCCACUCCUGAAAAUUAUAAUCCUCAAGAAAACUCCCAAGAGGAAGAAACUAGUUCAAGUAGAUCUUUUGAAUCUGCAGAAUCGACCAGGAAGAACGGAUUCUACUUCUUUGGCGUUUAUAUUAAUGAUUAUAACGAUCAGAAGAGAGAAAAUCACGCUUCAAAUAAAGAUUCAGAAGAAUCAUUAUCUCAGGAUACAGAAAGAUCAACUCCUGUCUCAGAUUUAUCAACAGAUGAUAGCGAUCUCGAAACUGCUUUUGUGCAGAGUACCAUUCCUGCAAUUUCUGCUUUAAGUUAUUCAAAUCAUGAAGAGUUAUCCACAGAAAAUGUUAAAAUAAUUCCACAGCCUGCUAUAUCCGAACCUGUAUUGAAUACAGGAGUGCCUGACAAAUAUGCAACCUCUAAGCCUUCAAAUUUAUUUUAUUUAGUACCCUUCAAGAUUAACACGAUAUCUUCAAUCAAUUACACCAAAGAUCCUAAGAAGGGAAGCAAAAGCACUCGUAAGGACGAUACUGAGAAUAUAACUGCGAAAACAUCCAUUAUCAAGGCACCUUUGAUCACCAACAGGUGUGAUCGAAAUAGCCGCAUGAUGAAGGGAAGGUGUCGAAAAGUAUGGUGAGGUGUUGAUAUUAAUUGAUUUUAAAAACUUUAUAUAAUUUAAUUGAUAUAUAAUAAAUAUUAAUGUAUGUGAAAUAAUCAAGUACAGAAUUCAUAUACUAAAAUCAACUGUCACUAAAUUAUAUCUUAGACAUAGUUACAUGAAAAAAUGCGCUAUAUCAUAUAGAGAAAUGUUUUAAAUUUUAAAUUCAUGACUUUAAAUUUAUCAAAUAGAUUUCAGAAAAAUCUUUGGUUGUAUCAUGGCUCU